GGCAUACGACUUGAACGGAAGUAUCAUAUUUGAAAUUUGUCAGUUGGGUAUUUUUCAUUUAAAUAUGCAUCAGGUCUUAUAAAUAAGAUACUUUUAGUGAGUGUAGUAUUUGGAGCAGCAUUAACAAGUUUUACGCAUCUAACGUUUGGGAAAAGUUAUAAACUUUGUAGCUUAACGUUAUUGUUUUCCCUGACGUUGAUGGAAGACGAAGAACACACAGACAGAAAACAGCGGCUCGCCAUGCUUUAUCAAAAGCUCAACAAAAUAAAAAAGUAUCUCAACGAAGAUGACACAGACAACAUUAACCAGGUCAUCAGCUCAAACUCGCCUGAAUCUUGCUUCUCGUAUUUGACGGACCUGGAGAAGAAAGAAGAUCCUGGGCUGGAUCAGAACCAUCUCACCAGGCUCAUAGAUUUUUAUAGCAAGGUGUUCUCCAGUAUGCCGCUGGGGAAACAUUGUCACAAUGAAAGCUAUGCCAGGAUGUUGGUCCGAUUCGCAGAGCUGAAAGCACUUCAGGACGUCAACGAGGCAGAGGUCAACUUCAACGUGGCGAUAUCUCACAGUCAGAACUUUGCGUUUGUCCACAUUGCACAUGCACAGUUUGAGCACUCCCGAGGCAACAUAAAAAAAGCCAUUCAAAUACUGCAGAAUGCUGUUGAGGUGGACGCCAAACCAUUAGAACUGCUGGAGGCAGCGCUGCACAGCAUGCAGUCUGCAACGACAGGGAUCUGUUCGGAGGAUAAGGAAAACUUGGCAUCAUUAUCGAAUAAAAAUGUUCAGGAUUGUGUCAAAAAAGGCUCCGAAUUCCAUAAAGUGAGCAGAGUGUCUGACGGAACCGGCGACUUGCAGCUCUCCAGUAUUUUUAGUGUGGGGGCGGAGCCAAUGUCUGGGUCUUCAGAUGAUCAGUUUCCUGGCUGGAGACCAGGAUCUCAUCAUAAAAGAGCAGUUGGCUUGGCAGGGAGAGUACCUGUACUACCAUUUUCAAUUCCAGAAGAUGAUGAUGAUGUGUCUGAGAAAGUCUCCAAAUCCAGCAAUGUAUCCAUUUCCAGGAGUUUGUCCAGACAAACAUCUGAAUUAAAUGGGAGCUCAGUACUUGGAAUGUCUUCCUUGAAGAAAAGUGUUGAAGGCAGAGGUGCUGUCAGAGAUCAGCCAUCAGCUCUCAGUCCGGGUAAAAUCCAGUGGGAGGACCAGGCAAACUCAACCACAACACUCCUUCAGACACACGACGUGAGAGAGUCCUCCAAAAUGGAAGAUGUGACUUUCACUUUUGAACAAAUUGUCAACUUCAGUUCUCCUGAGUCAUGUUUGACAUACCUGAUGAACUUGGAGAAAAGAGGAAACCCCCAGACAGACGUCUGCCUUCUCAAUAAGCUAAAGGACUGCUACUCAAAAGUUUUUGCCAGGCUGCCAAUCAGACAGUACAGCAAAAACACCAGCUAUGCCAGAAUUCUUGUCAGAUAUGCAGAACUGAAGGGGAUUGAAGAUCCAGAUGAGGCAAGCGAUCACUUCAUAGUUGCAAGAUCCAACUGCAAAGGCUUUGCUUUUGUCCACAUUGCACAUGCCCAGUUUGAGGUUUCUCAAGGUAAUCUGGUCAAAGGAACUUCAAUUUUGCACAAAGCUCUGGCAUUACAUGCCAAACCAGUGGAGCUCCUGAUGACGGCCAUGUGCAACCUGUCAGCUGGAGAAAAACAACUAAUACCCCCCAUAGAGGAGGACCCACCCGCAGCCGUAGCAGGAAGUGGGCCUAACGUUGGUGGAAACCAGGAAGUGCAGCAUCUUGCUGGGAUGCCUGUGAACCAUUCUGUGGGACAACCUAAGCCUGCCAACGAGCUGCCUAAAUCAGAAUGGAAGAUCCCAAAACUGGACGCCCGCCAUGUUUCUCCAGAGAAUAAACGGACUACACCUCCUGAUCCCAGACCUGUUCCCCGUCUAGUGAAGUCUUUCCCCACUCCUUCCAUCCAAUGUCCGUCCAGACUGAACCCACAAACAGUCUGCCAGACACCUAAGGACUGCAGGAACCCACAGCCAAACAGCUUUAUUACUCCUGUGGUAAAGCGAGGCCCUGAGGCGGCAGUGGCGCCUCACAGAGCUGAAGCCGUUCAGCAGCCGUGCACACCUCUGAGCCACACACCUGGCUUCCGGACUCCACAGGCCUUCAGUUCUUUUUCAAACGAAACUAUCACAAUAAAGGGGAAGCAGUUCUUCGUCCUCAAGAUGAUUGGACGGGGCGGCUCAAGCAAGGUCUACCAGGUUCUUGAUCACAAAAAGCAGCUAUUUGCAGUGAAAUACGUGGAUCUGGAGGAGGCUGAUGCUCAGACGGUAGAAAGUUACAAAAAUGAAAUUGAGCAUCUGAACCACCUGCAGCAGUACAGCGACCAAAUUAUCAAGCUCUAUGACUAUGAAAUAACCAACAGCUACAUCUACAUGCUGAUGGAGUGCGGGAACUUGGAUCUGAACACCUGGUUGCGAAACCGCCAAACUGUCAACCCGCUUGAGAGGAAGUUCUUCUGGAAAAACAUGCUGGAGGCCGUCCAUACCAUCCACAAACACGGUAUUGUCCACAGCGACUUGAAGCCGGCAAAUUUUGUCAUAGUCAACGCUUCGCUGAAGUUGAUCGACUUCGGCAUUGCAAACACAAUCCAGCCUGACGUAACAAGCAUAAUGAAAGAUUCCCAAGUUGGAACGUUGAACUAUAUGCCUCCUGAAGCCAUCAAGGAUACUUCAUCUCAGCCGGGAAAAGCGCGAUCAAAGAUCAGCCCCAAAGGAGACGUUUGGUCCCUUGGAUGCAUCCUCUACUGCAUGACUUAUGGGAAAACGCCAUUCCAGAGCAUCACAAACCAAAUCGCCAAGCUACACGCCAUCAUCAAUCCCUCUCAUAAGAUUGAGUUUCCUGACAUCCAAGAGAAGGAUUUACUGGAUGUUUUGAAGAGGUGCUUGGUACGGAACCCAAGAGAAAGAAUCUCUAUCACAGAGCUGCUGGAGCAUCGGUACCUCCAGCUGAAGCCACAGUCUUCUCCUCAACCAGAGCAUUUGUCAAACCAUGACCUUCAGAAAAUCCUAACGGACUUGGCAGCCCUCCAGUCUCCGAACAGCAUCAUCCGAGCAGCUAAUAAUUUGGCAAAAUGUUGCAGCACCGGCAGGAAGCUGGAUGUCAUUGAAUGUGCAAAGUCAUCGUCCUAAAAGUUCUCAACCAUUUCUUCUUCUCUUCUAUUUCCUGUUUAUGUUGUCUGUUGUUUCAUUCAGACCCCUUUAUGACCACUGUAGAAGUACUGUGCUGUAAGAUGUCUAACCUAACAAACCUGUAUUUUUAUCUUUGUUCAGUUGCAAUAUUUUAGCAAAAUUAAAUGUAAGCUUAUGUGGUAUCCCAUAGAAAAUAAACAUCAUGUUCCAAUGA